UCGUGUUAUUUGUUGAUCUUCCAGCCUGUAGAUGGCGAUAACGGCUUCUGUCCCCAGCUCCCCGAAUCAUGUGACUUCCACCAAAACAAAGCUACCAGCCAGCUGACGGUGAAAGUACAGAGGUCAGUGACUGCAACUUUUUAGACUUUUUAGACUGAAUGAAACCGCUGCUGUUUUAGGAUGAACACGACACUGAAGCACUGGAAAGAGGCGGCCACUCUGAUUUUAGCUGCAGGACGCGGGCGUGGUUUCACCCCGAGAGCACCGCUGACAGGGGAAAGCAGCUCUGGACAGUCACAUCUGCCCCACAGGUCCCUCUUUGAUUACGACGUUUUGCUGCUUAAAAGAAGCGGUAAAAGCGGAUUCAUGCCCAAUGCUUAUGUGUUUCCUGGGGGCGUGGUGGACGCGUCAGAUUUUUCCAGUGAGUGGCUGGACAUUUUCAGAUCUUUCACUAACUCCCCCACUUUCGGGUUAAGAAGUGUCAAACAGCAUCUGGAGACCAGACCUCCGAUCUUUGCUACUGACCGACUGAAACUAGGCUCUCCCAUCCCGGGAGAAGUCGCCCUCCGGAUCUGCGCGUUGAGGGAAACAUUUGAGGAAUCUGGCGUACUUCUGGUUGCUCCCAAAAUAGAGGAGAAAAAAAUGUUAAAAAACAUAAAGGACUUUGGUUACAUUGAGCACUACGGGGUGAAUGAUCUGUGCAGCAGUGAGCUCACCAAGUGGAGGGCUCUGGUUAACCAGAACCCCUCCAACUUCAUCAGGAUGUGCAGAGAGCUGCAGGUGUUGCCUAACAUCUGGGCUUUACAUGAGUGGGGCAACUGGCUGACUCCAGCAAGCCGAUAUGGGACGACGAGGUUUGACACAGCUUUCUUCAUCUGCUGCUUGCAGGAGAUCCCGCAGCUACAAGAUGAUAAGGAAAUUGAGCGUUUUCAGUGGUCCACACCCUCAGAGAUCUUGCAGAGCUACCAGGCACAGGAGUUGUGGAUUGCGCCUCCACAGUUCUAUGAACUCAGCCGCCUGUGCCGCUUCCCUCUACUAAAUGAUCUCCACAACUUCGCCAGCCAGCGUGCAACAGCGGGCUGCGAGCAGUGGAUGCCCGUUGUUGUAUCAAAUGAUGAACACCAUAUAUCGCUGCUGCCAGGUGAUAAACUUUAUCCAGUGGACAGCCCAAGAGACUCUGAAGCUGCGAAAAACACAGUCCCUCCAUCAAAGGAUCAUCAGGAUGCUUCGCCGCUCCACCGUAUUGUCAUAUCAGAUCGAUACACUUUAAGGGUACAGAUCACCAUCACUCCAAAAUACAACCACGUCCUACCUGUUGCACAUUCAGCAGUGUCACAUGACUCAAAAAGUCAGUUUUGACAACCCUGUGAUCCUUGUCCUCCUCCUGUGCCUAUGAAAUAAAAAGUCACAAAACCAGACAAAUUUACAGUCAUAUUUUUAUAUCGGUCUCAGUCAUGUCGCUUCCAUCACUGUAUAUUUUAUUAUGUUAAUUUAAAUUAGAAAUUUUGCAGCGCUUUGAGAGUUAAUGUUGUUCAGAUGGGUUUGUUUUGGGUAGAAAUUCCUAGUACAUGAAGCUGGAAGAGAAGAAGAAGACAAACAUGGACAGAAGAAAAAGGACAUUCAGUCUUCAGCUCGAGCCAAACUUUGCAGGACCUGCCAGGAAGCUCAUUUAAAUCAUGGCAGUGAUCGUGUCUGUUUUUACAGUGUGUAGUUGCUUUUUACAUCAGGACCAAAAGCAACUUCAAAAAUUGUAUAUGCAGUUUAAAGAUUAGAUCAGAGUUAUGGUUAUUAGCAGCAUAAUAAUUUUCAUUGUGAAAACAUGCAUUUUUAUGAUUUUAUUUAAACUGCUGCACUUAUAACAAACUAAAUCAGCUACCAUUUUAGCAAGUUGUGAUUUUUAUUUGUACAGACCUGCCUGCACAGACACAGAUGCAUUAAGAGGUCAGGUUUUUGUUCCAAUAAAAAUUUAUAUAUGGUUAUUGUGAUCCCAAGACAUGUUCUUCAUGACUAUACAGAGGACCAGAGUGUCCUCAAACUUCGUCGCAGUUGUUGUAAUGAAAGCUGAAGGCUGUGUUUAAUCAGUUGUGCUUAUUACUGGAAAUAUAGAUUGAAAACAGCAAUGCUGUUAAUGAAAUGUGUUAAACCUGAUUAAUUUAAACAUAAAAGCUGCUGACAAA